CAGCGCCAUUGGGAGCAACUGUAUCUCCAUUUUGUAGUACAACAUUUCUUCUCAAUGGCCCUGCCCAUGGUAACACUGGUUUGGUUCCUAUUGCACCCUAUACCAACAUGUAUGGUUAUUAAGGACAUGUGAUUGCUCUUCAAACAGACAGCUUCAAAUAACAGUGGACAGGACAUUAACUUCGUUAAGUAUUUCUUCUAUACAAAGAGAAAGAGGGACCAUACAUAAACGGGGAAUUGACAGAGGACAGCACCAUGUGGAGGAGCCUGUCCAAAUAUGUCUGUGUCUUCUUCCUGCUGGCCCUGUCAGGCCUAUUUUUCCUGAUAAACAACAUCAACGUUCUGGAGAAUCUGAACUGCCAAACAGUAUCAACAUUAUACCAGCUCCAGAGCAGCAUCCACACAGCUUUCUUUUCAGAGGCCCCUUUUCCUCUGGACCGCAACCAUAGCUACUGUGGCCUCCUGGGCCAGGAGCCCUCACCCGAGGAGGCUCUGGAAGAGCGUUACCUCCUGGAGUCCAUCGCCUGGCCAGAGCCUAUGCACCAUUCUGAGAAUGUGUCCCUGGACCACACCAGUGAUCCUGCACACAGCUUUUUUGUGAUCCUGCCAGCAAGGGGCAGGAGUGAGUGGUAUGUGGGAGACCAGCUGGAGGUUUUUGUCCAGAUGUACGAUUUUCAGGGGCAUCCCAAGAGCCAUGGUGGAGACUUCUUGCUGGCCCGACUGCACUCCUCUGAAUUGGAGGCAGGCGUAGCAGGACAGGUGCUGGACCACAGGAAUGGGACCUACUCUGCCAUUUUCCCAUUACUAUGGCAAGGUUCUGCACAGGUGGAGAUGACACUAGUUCAUCCAAGUGAGGCAGUUCAUGUUCUACGACGGUUACGAGAGGAACGGCCCGACCGGGUUUUCUUUAAGAGUCUCUUCCGCUCUGGAAAACUGUCCCAGACAACUGUAUGUAACUUGUGUCUGCCAACAAGCCAGAAGCCGCUGUGCAAUUACACAGACGCACACACAGAGGAGCCCUGGUACUGCUACAAGCCCAAGCUGCUGAGUUGUGACACACGGAUCAACCAUGCAACGGGAGGCUAUGUGAAAGGUCCGCUCACCAACAAAGAGGCAUUGCUCUUCCAGAGUGGUGUAAACAUCAAAGUUCACAUUCACCCUUCAGGGUCUGACAGUGUCACUGUGCUGCCUGAGAAAAAAGACAAAGCAGACAUGGAGAGAAGCAGCAUGAAGAUGGAACCUACCAGAAUCACUCCUUCCGGGUAUUACUUCCAAGGGUCAUGGCGAGCGCUGACUGGUGGUGUAAUACGCCAGUUUAACGACUCGUCUGCCAUUACUCAGUGUCUGAAGGGCAAGGUGGUGUACAUGUACGGAGACUCUACUGUCAGACAGUGGUUUGAGUACCUCAACGACUUAUUACCAGAGCUGAAGCAGUUUAACCUUCACAGUCCUAAGAAUGUGGGGCCCAACAUGGCGGUGGACAGCACCCAUAAUAUCCUUCUGAGGUACCGUUGCCACGGUCCUCCAAUCCGCUUCACCAAUGUCAUUGCCAGUGAGAUGCGCUAUGUAGCUAACGAACUGGAUGGCCUGACUGGUGGGUCGAACACUGUGGUGUUUAUUAGCAUAUGGUCCCAUUUCAGCACCUUCCCUGUGCAAGUCUACAUUCGCCGACUACGCCACAUUCGGCGGGCGAUGGUGCGGCUUCUGGACCGGGCUCCGGGGACCAUGGUGGUGUUGCGUUCAGCCAACCUCCAGGCCCUGGACCCGGAGGUGAGCCUGUACAAUAGUGACUGGUACUCAUUGCAGCUGGACGGGGUGCUCAGGGCCAUGUUCAGGGGUCUGGAUAUCUUGCUGAUAGACGCCUGGGAGAUGACCCUUAGCCACCACCUUCCCCAUGCCCUCCACCCUCCCCCCAUCAUCAUAAAGAACAUGAUAGAUAUUAUCCUCUCUCGUAUCUGCCCAUGAAGAGCUAACAGAUUCUGGGUUGGAUUCUGUAUCGCUUAAAUAUCACGGAAGAUCCACGUAAGAUCCACGUUCAUUUCCGAUUGAUCUCACAUAUUCAGUGUUUAUUGUGAAUGCAGUCUCCUCAACCGCGGGAACAUUGCCGUUAAUUGUCAGUCGUGCUAUAAAGCAGAUCUUCAUGUCAGGCUGAAUGACCUGUUAUGAAUGUUACUCUCUCAAAAUGUGGCUUGGAAUGUAAAAAAAUGACCUGCACAUUUGUCUGUGAAGAUUUGCCUUAUUCUCAACUCCAGAAAAUUUAACCAAACUGAAAUGAUCAAACAUAUAACUAAGAGGGAAAUCACACAAACGAAUAGGUGCGUAGCCUGAAACUGAGAAACAAUAGAACAUAAACUUCCAGACACAUAAACACAAAAGUGUACACACAGACAACAAACACACACAAUAAUAAUAAUAAUGUAAUGGGAAUUUUAAUGUUUGUGCUUUUCUUAAAACAAAUUUUGGUCUUCUAUUCAUGUGCUGUUCUAAUAACCAAUUUCUGUGUUCAUGCAAGUCUCUGACUGUACAAAUUCUCACUAUUAGUAGCUGCAAUUUGGCGGUACGCCCAGACCAUGGUUUGAGAAAGAACAAAAGAUAUCUCAGUUUCAAGGUCUCAGCUUAGAGAGAAAGAAGCCUCUUGAGGUAUUGGUCGUCACAUGAAAGAAAUAAAAUGUUAAUAAUUAAUUGUGCUAAAUCAUGCAAAUAUAACUUGUCUGUGUACAGUCGUAAAUACGACAACUGCAGAGCUCCUGAUUGACACGUGUACAAUGGUGCAUUGAGUUGGUUGGAACCUCUCCAGCACACUGACAAUAAACAAUGAUUCAUUUAA